GACCGUGUGGGUGCUGGGCUACCAACAACCAUGGCAGUGGGUAACAUCAUAUGCAUUGGCACAAGCCAUGGCCUCAUCCUUGUCUUUGAGCCUACUCAGGCUUUGAAAUUCUGUUUAGGAUCAACACAAUUGGGAGAGCAAUAUUUUUAA